AUGGUGAAGCAUUCAGAGCUCAGGCCAUCAUCGUUGGCGUUGGACCUAUCCGUGGAUUGUCCUCAGCUAACACCGGCGGCAUCAGCCUUUCCAGCAGCAGUGUCAGACUACUACCAGUUUGAUGAACUCCUGGCGACGGAGGAGAAGAAAUUACGAAUCAAAAUUCGGCAGUUUAUGGAGAAAGAAGUUGCUCCAAUAAUACCAAAGUACUGGGAGACAGCGGAGUUCCCAUACCAUCUGAUUCCGAAAUUGGGCUCUCUUGGAUUCACUGGUGGCAUCAUCAAGGGCUAUGGAUGUCCUGGGCUAUCAGCAACUGCUUAUGCUAUGUGCAUUUCAGAGAUGGCUCGUGUAGAUGCAAGCAUCGCUUCCUUUUGCCUAGUUCAGUCGUGUCUUGCCAUGCUUAGCAUCGCGCAACUAGGUUCUGAAGCACAGAAGAAGAAAUAUUUACCGUCAUUGAGCAAAAUGCACAAAGUUUGCGUCUAUGCAUUGACAGAGCCGGACCACGGUAGUGAUGCAAGUACUCUUAGUACCAUAGCCGAUAAGGUCCCUGGAGGGUGGGUCCUUAACGGUCAGAAACGCUGGCCGGCGAACAGUAGCUUCGCCGAUGUGUUCGUCGUUCUUGCACGGAAUACCAGCACCAACCAGAUCAACGGGUUCAUUGUCCACGGUGGGAGCCCUGGCCUGAAGAUCAGCAAGAUCGAGAACAAGAUGUCGCUGAGGGUCGUCCAGAACUGCAACAUCCAGCUGGACAACGUCUUCGUCCCCGACGACGACCGCUUGCCCGGCGCCAACUCCUUUCAGGAUCUCGUGGACGCCCUGUCCGUGGCGCGCAUCAUGGUGGCCUGGGUCAGCAUCGGUAUUGCGAUGGGGGUCUACGAUGCGUGCCUAAGAUACCUGCUAGAGAGGAAGCAGUUUGGUGCGCCGUUAGCCGCGUUCCAGCUGAACCAGGAGAAGCUCGUCAGGAUGCUGGGGAACAUCCAGGCGAUGUCGGUCCUCGGCUGGCGACUCUGCAAGCUGCACGACACCAUCAAGAUCACCUCAGGCCAGGCUAGCCUGGGCAAGGCCUGGAUCACAAAACAGGCGCGGGAGACGGCGGCGAUCGGCAGGGAGCUCCUCGGCGGCAACGGCAUCGUCACUGAUUUCCAUGUUGGGAAGGCGUUCUGCGACAUGGAGUCGGUGUACUCGUACGAGGGCAGCUACGACGUCAACGCCCUCAUUGCUGCGAGGGAGAUCACUGGCAUCUCCAGCAUUAGGCCGUCAAGCCGGCUCUAG